UACCAUUCUCAGUGCUUUACAUAUAUUACUUCAACUAACCCUCAGAACAAUAGUAGAUACUAUUUCAUUUUUACAGAUUUUUUUUUCUUUUAACUGAGGCACAGAGAGGCUAAGUAACUAGCCUAGGGCCACACCGUUAAUAAAAAGUAGAGCUAGGAUUUGAGCCGAAAUAGUCUUGCUUUAGAGCUCAUGCACUUCACCACUACACUAGAUUUACUGCCUUUCUAAUUCACUGUUCGUAACUAUUCCCUGCAGUCUCCUUACCACCUCACUUUCUCGUCUGCCUGGACCAUAGCUGGCACCCAAGGAAAAUCCCAUCACAGACUGAGGAUCUCCUUUAGGUAGGCAGAGAAACCUGCCACUAUCAACUUUUCUUAGAGAAGGUGGGACUCUUUGGAUUUUGCUGAGCUGGCACUGUCUUUGAACUCACAAAUCCCUUUCUUCCAAGGUAGAUAUGAGCUGGAGAGUGGGGGGUGGGGAGCAGCAGGAUUAUGGUCACUCCAUCAGACCCUUUCCCUGUGCUGAAACCAUGUAGACCAAAACAGUAGUCAGCACCGAGCACUGUAAGGACUGCUAGAUUGUUGGCUAUGAACCAAAUUCUGGGUACCAUCUCACCACUGCCUUACAGGUAUGAUAACCAUUUCCUAUCCAAGAUUUGAAAGAACUUCAGAGUAACUCCUGUGUGUAUCCCUACCCACACUGUGCCUAAGAACUCGGAUGAACCCUGCCAUACCAUACUGGUUCCUCCAAACCAGGCUUCUUGAUGGAACACAGAGAAGCAUCAGGGCACUGGUCAGAGGUCAGCUUUCAGUGCUGCAUCAUGGCUUUGGAGAAGCCCCUGCUUCUGCAUUCAUCCUUUCACAGCUCUCAUAGCACAUUCCCAGAGUUGAGGGAGGGAGGCUUUCAAGUUAUUAGAAUUAGGGUAUGUUUGUGUGGGGGUGGGUGAAUGGUGGAAAGGACAGAUGUCUCCUUAUGUCACAUUCCAUCACGUCUAGGGAGGAGGCAAGGACUUUUAAAGCCUUAGGGCUCUGUUGGGACCUGGGUGGAAGGAAGCACCUUCAAGCAAAGAGACAUCGGUGCAUCUGUCGCCGCGCCCCUCCUCGACAGCUCAUGGACUUCCAGGCCAGCCACUGGGCCCGCGGGCCCCAGAGCCGCACGUGUGGGCCGCGCCUGGGAUCCCCUGAGCCGCCGCCCCGCCGGCCCUGGGCCUCCAGGGUGCUGCAGGAGGCGACCAACUGGCGGGCGGGGCCCCCGGCCGAGGCCCGAGCCCGGGAGCAAGAGAAAAGGAAAGCAGCAUCGCAGGAGCGGGAGGCCAAGGAGACUGAGCGAAAAAGGCGCAAGGCUGGUGGGGCCCGAAGGAGUCCCCCCGGUCGGCCCCGCCCGGAGCCUCGGAACGCCCCUCGGGUGGCCCAGCCUGCAGGGCUCCCAGCUCCCUCACGGCCGGAGCGCCUGGGGUCCGUGGGGCGACCGCCCCGUCCAUCCGCGCAGCCGCAGAGCAAUCCAGGGGCGGCGUGGGCGGGGCCCUGGGGAGGUCGGCGGCCAGGGCCUCCCAGCUACGAAGCUCACCUGCUGCUGAGAGGUGCUGCCGGAAUGGCCCCGCGACGCCGCUGGGACCGGCCGCCACCCUACGUGGCUCCACCCUCUUACGAAGGCCCCCACAGGACCCUGGGGACUAAGCGAGGACCCGAGCCCUCGCAGGCGCCCGCCUCUUCAACCUCUGCUCCGACCAGGACAGAGGGAGGGUGCACAAAGAAGAGGCUAGAUCCUCGGAUCUACCGGGACGUCCUAGGGGCCUGGGGUCUCCGUCAGGGCCGGGGUCUCCUGGGGGGAUCCCCAGGCUGUGGAACAGCCAGGCCAAGGCUGGAGUCCGGUAAGGUGGCCGCGGAGAGAAGCCUGAGGCUGGCUGCUGCUGGCCUGAAGAGUGGUAGCGACGGACAUCCCCAAGCCAAAGCUGCUGGGAACCCAGGCACGGAGACAGUUCCUGCGGGGUCUGCACCUGCCACUCCCAGCCCCCCGCGUCCUGCUCCCAGGUCCAGGCCCCAUCCCAAGGGCUCCGGGGAAGGGAGAGAACAGAGCUGGCUCCCCAAGUGCUGGAUGCCCUCCGUUAAAAAGCAGCCGCCCCGACAUAGCCAGACCCUCCCCAGACCCUGGGCUCCGGGAGGCACGGGAUGGAGGGAGUCCCUGGGUCAUAGAGAGGAGGCCGGACCCGAGACCUUGGAGGGUUGGAAGGCGACCCGCCGCCCCCACACCCUGCCCCGAAGUUCCCGUGGCCCGGCUCGUGGGGAAGGCGUCUUUGUCAUUGACGCCACUUGCGUGGUGAUACGGUCCCAGUAUGUUCCGACCCCUCGAACCCAGCAUGUGCAGCUUUUGCCCGCUGGGGUGCCGCGCCUUGUGGGGAAUGCCCCCACCCAACUGAAGCCCAACAAGGAGGAGGGAGAGGGGGCCGCGGUCCUUCCCUCCCCUUGCCGAAAGCUGCUGUUGAGCAGUCGCCCUUCACAGCAGCCCGGUGGGGGACGUGGGCUCGAAGCUGAGGGCGGGAAGUCCGCGGACUCCUCACUGGAGGAGCGCGCCUCCCGCAUCUUGGGGCUCCCGGUCGGCGAAGUAAACCUGCAGGAUGCCCCCACGCAGCCAGGUAGCCCAGAGCACUCAGCCUUAGGCCCAGCGGCUUCGGGAGGCGCGCGCCGUGCCGAGGGCUCGGAGGAAGUGGCUGCGGUCCCGCGGCGCGCAGGCCGGGGCUGGGCGCGGACCCCGGGGCCCUAUGCCGGGGCCCUGCGGGAAGCAGUGUCCCGCAUCCGCCGCCACACCGCCCCGGACUCCGACUCCGACGAAGCUGCGGAGCUCAGCGUCCAUAGCAGCUCUUCUGAUGGAAGCGACACGGAAGCCUCGGGCGCCUCCUGGCGGAACGAGCGGACCGGGCCCCCGGAAGGCGGGAAGGCAGCCGAGCUGAGCGACAAUAUCCGAGAGAUUCUAGAUGUCAUCAGCCAAACCGAGGAGGUCCUCUUCGGGGGCGAGGGACACUAAGGGGACCCCACAGGGAAAUAGGGAGCGACAGUGAGAGGCCCUUUAUUGUAUUUGUGUCCCCUUUCUUCCUCACAGACUUCCCUGUACCUCUUACCUAUACCCGUUCCCAUACUCAAAAUAGAAGGCGCACAGAUGAAAGGAAAGGGAGCGUAUGUCAAUUCAUGAUUUUUUUUUUUUUCAGGAGAGGUGAGGGUGCGCAGUAGACUUUAACGUUUGGUAGGGUCUUCAGGGCACUCGGGUAAGGUCUCAGAAGGGGCCGACACACUAGGCAUGGAACUGAGCAGAGAGGCCUAGGCAGGAUAAGGCAGGAGGACAGGGAUGGGAUAGUCAUAGGGCAACUUCAGGGCAGGGCCUCUGGGCAGGAGGGGGAAGGUGAUGGAGAGGCUUCGGACUGAGGUGACCAGGUGACGGAGAGGCCCUUGGCAGAAGAGGAGGGGCUCUUGGCAGAAGCCACCAGCAAAGCAGGAAGAGGACUCACUUUGGUGUCACAGGUUUUGGCUUCCAGUCCCAACUCUGACACUGGUUUGCUGGGUGACCUUAGGCAAGUCGCCUCCCCUCUCCAGGCCCUGUAAUAUGUAAAACAAGGGAGUUCUAACGUCCAUCCCUGAUGUUUUGGAGUCCUUGAGGAGGCAUUUAUCUACUCCUCCCCUGCACAAGCCAAGACAGUUAGGAAUAAGUGAACAGAGUCUGAGCGUCCCUGGGUGGCUUCUUUGACACCUGCAUUCACUCUCAAUUCAAGAGACUGUGCAGUGUUUGCAGAGUAGCCGAGUAAGUGGGCAAGGGCUCCUAUUCCAGUCUCAGGUUUAGGCAUAGGAUCCCCAAGGCAGUGCAGGGUGGUGGCCUUGUCACUGUCCCUGGUUUGUGGUGGUCUGAGCUGAGCAGCUUGGGACUCUUUUAGGCCUUCCCCUUUUCCUCCUCCCCAGUGUUCCUUAGUGAUGCUCUGAAUAGUGACCACGAUUUCCCACUCAGGUGGUAUCACCCAUCUGAAAGAACCCUGAGAAUGUCUUGCAUGUCUGCCUCUUCCAGAAACCAGCCAGGGAAGGAAGAGGGAGGCUGGUCCCCAAAAGCCUGUAGGUGUGGGGUGUGAUACUCGCUGUAGCCACUACGGGGCGCGCGCAGGUCGCGGAUUUCCCUGGUAGCUAGUCCGCGAGUCCCUCCAACCCCGGCACUGCCAGUUAAUCAAUUGCUCCCUAGUUACUGCGCGCGGGUCCCCCGCCUUGCUGUCUCCAGUCUUGCGAGAUCGGGAGCAGGCCUCUGGCCUUGCAGACCUCUGGAGCGCGCGGAGCCCCUCUUUGUACUACUAUCCACACCAAACGGCUUGGGACCCAGACAUUGAAGUAUUUUUUUUUCUUCGAUCUCGGGCACCUCUUCUGUCUCUAUUUACUAGCCAUGUGAACUUGGCCAAAUCACUUCACCUCCCUGAGCCUCAGUUUCCUCAUCCGUCAAAUGGGGGUUUAUAAACACCUACCUCGCAGGGUUGUUGUGAGGACUUAAUGCGAUAAUGUAUGUAAAGCGCCUUGCACAGUGCCUGGUACACAGUAGGCGCUCAAUAAAUCUAAGCUUCCCUUUGUCCA